AUGCCAUUCAAAGAACAUCUUUCAGUCAGUGAUGUGUGAUUAGUUAACUUCAGUGUUUAAAAUUUACAUUAAAGUGCAUCUUUUCCAGAAUUUUCGUGAAUAAGCUAACAAAACACAAGAAAAAAUGUUCGCACUGAAUUCUAAGUUGUUCAAAAAAGAAAACCGUACAUAUAACCCGUAUCGAGAUAAACUUGAAAAAAUGUCGAUUCCCGCUAAAAUUAUCGACACUCUGGAGGAUAUUUUUAAAACAGAAAAGUUCUCUUAUUUAGAUCUCGACAUCAGAGUUUUGUUUCUACUCCAGUACGUAAAUCCUGUGCACGUUCAUGAUGUGUCCGAUUUAUUGAAAAAUUUGAAUUUAGAUAACCAUGUUCAACGGAUUCGUAUAGAAAUGUUUGAUAAAAUUCAACCGUAUUCGUACUGCGAUCUUGGAGAUUUGAAGAAGGUACCUCCCAGCGCUAAGCCGAAAGGGGAUUUAUUCGGACCCCGUUGGCAUCUCAUCGAUGAAUUAGUGAUGUUAGAAAAAGGGACACUGGAGAUUACAACUACCUACAGAGCAUUUGGCGUAUCACCUCACUUAUUACUUCCCGGACAAGAUUGCACGAUUAUUUGCAAUAACUUGCCAUUCGAUUCCUACGAAGACGAAGUAUUCUUGUUGUUCGAAACAUUUGGGAAAGUACAUAGCGUUGAAAUUUUGAUGAAUGAAGAAAAAAACGAAACCUCUGGUGUAGCUACGAUUACAUAUGCGACUAAAGAAGAAGCCUCGACUGCCAUCGAAAAGAUGAACGGGUAUGAAAUCAGAAAAAACCAACGAAUCGAAGUGAGAAAAUUUAACCACAAAGCUAACUUCAUUCUGUACGAUAUUACAUCUAGUACAACUCAAACUGAUGUCAUCAAACGAAUGGGUCCACUAUUAGGUAACAAGAUCAACCCACGAAAAUGUGUUACGUUCUAUAAAUAUGGUGGCAACAAAGGACUAGUACCAGCAACACCACGAAACUUCGCACUUGUGAAGCUAUUCAACGAACAUACAAUAGUAAUGCCGGCAAACAUAGGGAAAAAAUGGGAAGACGAAGGAUUUGUAGUUCUUCGAUCGUCAGUGAUGAGCCCACGUGACUGUCAAAAUUUACACCCUGGUUUGCAGAUACGUUUUUGUGUUCUGAAGAUGCUAGAAAAAAUAGACCAGCUGAAAACAAUGAUAGAAUCGAAGAAAAAAGUAACUUCCCAGGAAAAAAUUUCAGCUGCGAGCAGUGAAAGUUUCCAUAACUAUGCAUAUCAUUCUUACGUCAUCGAAGAAGGUACAGCAGACAACGAAGGAAUUCAAAGCAUUAAAGAAAUGACUUCAGAACUAUCAAGCAAACACCUAACCGAAAAAGAGCUGAAAAACAUGAACGCCACUUUGGGAGUACGCGAAUGCGGUGAUUACAGAAAAUCUCACGUAGGAAUAUUUCUUCAUGGAGAAUGGUCCCAUGGCACGCCACCCGAAAAAAUUGCCGAAGAAAUGGAUCAAUUAUUUAGUUCAUUGAGUACCAAAACACCUUCGUCAACAAACUCGACAAUAAUCUCGGCCGCAACAUUUUGCUUGGAAUAUUUAAGAAUACAUCCUUUCUCCGAUGGAAACGGGCGUAUUUCCAGGGCGAUUUUCAAUGUAAUGCUGAGAAAAUCCGAUUUCCCAGCUUAUGUGCGUUUUCCAGUAGAAAGAUCGACGCAAUAUUACGAAUCAUUGAAGAUAGCUCAUAAAACUGGAAAUAAAAGUCUGUUUUACAAAUAUACGUGUGAAAUUGUGAUGGAGUCGUUGCAACAUUACCUCUCGUUAUUAUAGUAAUUUUGUACGAAGUCAUUUUACGAUUGAUUUUUUUCCUCGAGCUCAUUUCUUUAUUUACUUUUGUAAGUUUGUAAUAGAGGUGUAAAUUAUAUUUGUUUUACCGAAC